UCUAUUGGAGGAAAAUCAUGAUUAUUAUUUGUUAUUAAAUUGGUUUGUUAUAUAUAUGGUUUUCCUUAUGUAGAACCAACUCUGCCUUCCUGGUACAAACCGGAUUCUGAUGAGUCUGGACAACAGUGUGAGGCAGAUGACUUUGUAUGCUCUGCCCUCAGUUUUCACCCUCUCCUUCCCAAGAUUCAAAGGUUGAGAUAGAAACUAGAAGUAUUAGAAAGUACUGCCUGUACACUAAAAUUUGACACUAAAAUGGGCACAUCUAUAAAGAUCUAGGAGCUAUGGGUUUGAAAAAAUACAGACUACCUUGAAGAUAGCUUGUCUGGGUAGAUCCACAGGUGAGUUGCAAGACUGGGAUGGAUGCCUUAAGGUACUUCAAGAAGUUAGUCUUUUGAAAUUGAAAAUUUUACUAUGUACUUCCUCAUUCAGAUAAUUUAUAAAAAUAUUAAAUUUCCAAGUCUCUGCCUUAGACACUGGCUUCAUCCCUUUUAUUUCCACUUUUCUACUCAAAAAAGCCUCUAUGGAUUCCAACUUUUUGUUUUCUGUAUUUAUCUCAACUCUCUAGAACACACAUACACAAAAAGUUAUGUUCUCCUAAUAUUAGUGACUCCCUGCCUUUAAAAAAAAAAAAAAAAAAAAAAAAGAACUUAGAGUCCUAAUGGUUAAAACCCUCUUAAAAGUCUAAAUUGUGGUCUGUUUCAUGAGUCCUUCCAGAUUCCUAAAAGGCCUUCAGACUAAACAGUUUCUCCUAAUUAGGAUUUUAUUAGUUCCAACACAUCCAGCUUUCAUAGCCGGUCCAAUCCUCCUUUUUAAUAAUGAUGGCCCCGCCCUCCUCUUGUCCCGCCUCCAGGAAUUUCCCCCAAGUUCCACAAAAAGAGAAGGGCCCCUUCCCAGCUCAAUUUCUAGAGAAUAAGGCUCUCCCACUAGUGGUAUUGCUCCUUAGUUUUUUCAGUUGUGUCUGAACCUCCGUGUUCUCUUUUGGAAGUUUUCUUUGCAGGAUUGCAAUGGUUUGCCGUUUCCUUCUCUAGCUCGCUUUUCAGAUAGGAAACUGAGGCAAACAGGGUUGAGUAGUCUGUUAAACAAGUAAGUGUUUUGAGCUUAUAUUUGAACCUAGGUCUUCCGGAUUCCAGGCCCCAUGAGCUAAUCAUUCCGCCGUCUAGCUACCCUUGUAAGACCGCAUCUAACCUUAACUCUCCAGAGAUGUUUCUCCUGCUAAAAAGUGGAUUAAAUCCUUCUAUCUCAUCCACCAACUCCAAAUGAAAUGUUUUUCUACCACUAUUUCAAAGUGUUAUAAUCAUUUCCCUCGUUUCACCUCUAGUCCGUUGCAACUCCACGCUACAAAAACAGGCCAUUCUCUGAUUCUACAUUCCCAGAAACAGAACCGGAAGGGCGGGCUUUAGCUACAAUCAAAGAAACAUUUCGUGAUAUACGAUAGGGUGGGAACGAGAAAGGAAAUUUCAAUGACCACCACCUGUGAUUGUCGAAAAAUCGAUCACUACCUGCAGAAUUUAGUUUUUUUGGCGUCCACGUGCUCUCAGUAAAGAGAUCAGACCGUUAUCCCGGAUACUAGAGAAGUAAUGGACUUAGCGACCUUUUGCCCAGGAACGCGCCAGAAAACGGAAGCGAUGCAUUGUGGAUGUGGUAGUCUCGACGCUACUAGGGCACAAGCUUUUCUCCCCCCUCCCUUCUGAGGCUACAUGAUGAUGCGCGCGCAGCGUCGACGCCAUGAUUGGUUCUUUGGCCUCGAACCAGUUCUUUAUCUGAGGUCAGUCUAGGCCCCGGACCCAAUUCCAGUCCUCCAGAGAUUCUAUAUAAAGUAUACAGCUCUGGGCACCAGAAAGAGGGUUCUCUACUGCAUUUCACCGCCAAAGUAAAGUUACCUUUCUUCUGAAUUCUCAUGACCUAGAAACCUGGAAUCCAUCCCAAGUGGAGAAACUUUUGCCCAAAGUAGAAAAAAGAAAGUGUAUGUCUUUCGGGGCUGUUGCCAAAACAAUUCCUAAAGGGACACUGCAACAUUAAGAAUCCAUUGAGUAGUGGGUGAUUUGAAGGAUUGAUCUUGAGAAGAAAGGUCUGUUUUCUCCAGACUGUCUUUCCCCAGCAAGAGAGUACUGAGCAGGGGAAGAUGAACUCUGUACUUUUGACAGCAAAAUCCCAGGAAUCAUUGUCCUUCAAGGAUGUGGCUGUGGAUUUCACCCAGGAAGAAUGGGGGCAACUGGACCCUGAUCAGAGAUACCUGUAUAAGGAUGUAAUGCUGGAGAACUAUAGAAACCUGGUCUCAGUUGGAGGACAUCAAGUUUAUAAGCCAAAUUUGAUAUCCCAAUUGGAGCAAGGAGAAGAGCCCUGGAUUAUAGAUAGAGAAAUUCCAAGAGGUGUCUUCCCAGAUUGGGAGAUCAGACAAGAAACCAAGAAGUCAACUGUAAAGAAAGACAUUUUUGAAGAGAGAUCAUCCCAGAAGGUAACAGUGGAAAGAUUCCCAAGGGAUAGCAUAUGGUACUCUAAGCCAGGUGAAACGAGGAGAUUUGAAGACCAUCUUGGGGUUGGGGCCCCACAAGAAAUACAAGAGAGAUAUAUAAAACAAACAAUAGUUUCCCAGACUAAAAUCUUACCUGAGAAGAAAGCUCCUGAAUGUAAUCAGUUUAAUCUGGACCCAGUCCUUAUUAUGGAGCAGAGUGUUCCCACAAGAGAGAAAUACCAUGAAUAUGAUCUAUAUGGAAAAACUUUUGAAUAUGAUUCAGACCUAAUCAGUCAUCAGAAAAUCUGUGUACCAAGGUCUUAUGAAUGUACAGAAUGCAGGAAAAUUUUUAGUAAAAGUGCACUCCUUACGCAACAUUGGAGGGUCCAUACUGGGGAGAAACCCUAUAAAUGUAAUGACUGUGAAAAAGCUUUCAGUAAGGCUACUCUCCUUAUACAACAUCAGAGAAUCCAUACUGGAGAGAAACCUUAUAAAUGUAAUGACUGUGGAAAAGCUUUCAGCCAAAGUAUAUGUCUUACUCGACAUAAAAGAAUUCACACUGGAGAAAAACCAUAUGAGUGCAAUGAAUGUGGGAGAGCCUUUAGAUUGCGUGGACACCUUACCCAACAUCAGAGAAUCCAUACUGGAGAGAAACCCUAUAAAUGUAGUGAAUGUGAGAAAACUUUUAGUCAGAGUACAGACCGUACUCAACAUGAAAGAAUUCAUACUGGAGAGAAACCCUAUAAAUGUAUUGAAUGUGGGAAAGCAUUUAGAUGUAGUACACAUUUGACUCAGCAUCAGAGAAUUCAUACUGGAGAAAAACCCUACGAAUGUAGUGAAUGCAGAAAAGCAUUUUGUGAUAGGUCAUCCCUUAAUAAACACCAGAGGAUUCAUACUGGAGAAAAGCCCUAUGAAUGUAGCGAAUGUGGGAAAGCCUUCAUUCGAAGUUCAGACCUUACCCAACAUUACAGAACUCAUACUGGUGAGAAACCUUAUGAAUGUAAUGAGUGUGGAAAAGUCUUUAGCCUGCAUGUACAUCUUACUCGACAUCAGAGAAUCCAUACAGGAGAGAAACCUUACAAGUGCAUUCAAUGUGGGAAUGCUUUCAGGCACAGUUCAGCUCUGGUCAGACAUCUGAGACUUCAUAGUGGAGAAUAAUCCUAGAAAUUUAGUAAAUGAAGUAGUUUCUUUUGGACUUAAUUCAUAUUCAAAUACCCUACGAUCAUAAUAGUACCAGCUAUGAUUUUAUUUGAUGUACUUAAAUGAGAAAUAUGCUGCUUCUUCACCAUCUCUUUCCCCACUAUAUAUCUUUCUCCCAUAAUAUAUUUCCCACUUUUUACAGGGCAUUCUCAUCCAAUAAUGGUUCCUCUCAAAACCAUUUUUUUAAAGGAUUUCAUUUAACAAUCAUUUGACUAAGGUUAUGAAGCAUUUUACUUUGCUGGGUAGUUUUUUUGUUGUUGUUGUUUUUAACUAAUUUUUUGGUUUGGGACUCCAGAACAUUUUUAUAUUGUUUUUUGGUGAUGGAGCACCAAAAGUAAUAUGUGAGUCCUACAGGGUUAAGGAAGUUAGUUGA